UGGCGGCGCUGGGCUCACGUGGCGCGCGCUGAGAAAACGCUCAUGGAAGACAUGGCGGCGGCGGCGGCGGCGGCGGCGGCGGCGGCGGCGGCGGCGAUGGAGGAGGGCGAGAGAGCAGAAGGAGAAGAAGAAGCAGCGGAGGAAGAGGAAGAAGAAGAGGUGGAGGAACAACUGGUCAUGGUGGAACUGUCAGGAAUUAUUGAUUCAGACUUCUUAGAAAAAUGCGAAAACAAAUGCAAGAUUUUGGGAAUAGAGACGGAGAGGCCCAUUUUGCAAGUAGACAGAUACGUCUUUGCUGGAGAAUAUGAAGAUACCUUGGGAACCUGUCUGGUUUUUGAAGAAAACACAGAGCAUGUAGAUGCAGAAGGCAACCAAAAACUACAGCUGAAAUACAAGUGUCAUACAAUGAAGAAACUGAAUAUGACACGGACACUUCUGACAGAGAAGAAGGAAGGCGAGGAGAAUGUCGAUGGUGUGGAAUGGUUGCAGAUCAAGGACAGAGAUUUUUCCUACAGCAGGCCUAAUAUGAUUUGUAGCUUUCUGCGUGAAAAGGAAGAUUCUGAGGAGUCAGCUCAGGCCCAGGACAAAUUGACUGAAGAUUCAGAGGGAGAGGUGAGCGACAGAGGAAAUUCUGACAUUAAUUGCGAUCUGGAGAAGGAGCACAGCUUGGAAAUGGAUGCCUCUGUACCUCUGCCUGACAGCCCUGCUUCUAGGACAGGGGAGUCUCCUCUUAGAGGUGUUUCCUUAGAUGAUGCCCCACCAUGACAUCAGCUCUGAUACUUUCAGGAUUUUUUCAUGGAGUUAAUGGACCAAUUUUAAAGGCCUUGACCUGAUGACCAAUUUGUCUGAGCAAUUAGUAGUGGAAAAAAAGACUUUGUGUUCUUGCACAUUGCCCUUAUGUCUGGAUCAUGGUUAGAGUUUUGGUUUUUUUUAAGUAUUUGAUUUUUUUAAAUGCAAAUUGGAAAUGCGUGUAUCUCUACCUCAGAAUUGAAGAGAAGGAAACAGUUACAUAAUAAGGAACGUAAACCUUUAUAUUGUACACUCUGGGACAUCUUGUAAUGAGUGGGGGGAAUAAAGUCCUGAUGCUUUCAGGUAUAGUUUCA